AUGACCACCCCUCCCAUGGUGGCGUUCGCUGGGCAGCAGGCUCAGGCUGCCCGUGAUGUCAACACGGCGUCGCUCUGUCGCAUCGGCCAAGAGACGGUGCAGGAUAUUGUCUUACGCACCAUGGAGAUCUUCCAGCUGUUGAGGAACAUGCAGCUGCCAAAUGGAGUGACGUACCACCCCAGCACCCACCAGGACAGGCUGGGCAAACUGCAGGAGCACCUGCGUAUGCUCUCUGUACUCUUCCGCAAGCUGCGCCUCGUCUAUGACAAAUGCAAUGAAAACUGCACUGGUCUGGACCCCGUAACCCCAGAGCAACUCAUCCCGUAUGUGGAGGAGGACGGCAGCUCCAGACACAAUGAACGCUCGGCCAGCCAGGCCCGCCCGGAUACAGAAGAGAGGGGGGAGAUCCUGGAGGUUAACAAGAAGCUCAAACAGAAGAACCAACAGCUGAAGCAGAUAAUGGACCAGCUCCGAAACCUCAUCUGGGAGAUAAACUCCAUGCUGGCUGUUAGGAAUUGAAUGCCAAACACGGCGACACAGAGGGCGUGCACACACACAGACACACACACACACACCACCGACUGGAAGAUAUGGCUAUUAACUGGAUAAGUGACAGGGUCCCUCUAAGGUGGCACUUAAGAAAUACAGGCUUUCACAAUAUACUUCUCUUUCCCAUAAGACGAGUUGGGAGAGAAGAAGAGGGGGAAGAAAGCAAAGAAGAAUGAAGAUAAGUCGUGCAAUGGGGAAAUGCUGAUAUACACUAACCAGCCAAUUUAUUAGGCACACCCAUUUAGUACUGGGAUCAGACUGGUCAUCUGCUGCAAUAGCCCCAUCCAUGACAAGGACCAACGAGAUGUGUGUCCUGAGAUGCCGUUCUGCGCCAUUAUUUGUUUGUAGCCCACUUGUUAACUUGCAUGAGUCUUGCCAUUCUCCUUCGACCUCUCUCAUCAACGAGCUGUUUUUGCCCACAGGACUGCCGCUGACUGGAUGUUUUUUUAUUUGUCGCACCGUUCUCGGUAAACCCUAGACACGGUCAUUUGUGAAAAUCCCAGGAGAGCGGUCGUUUCUAAGAUACUGGAUCCGGCGUGCUUGGCACCGACGAUCAUACCAUGAUCAAAGUUGAUUAGGUCACUCCUUUUGCCCAUUCUAACAUUCAAUCUCACAGUAAUCGAAUGCCUCGAUGCCCCUCUGCCUGCUUUAUACAGCAAGCCACGUGACUCACUCUCUUUAGGAGCGAUCCAUGUGUGUGAACGGGAUGUUGUACCUAAUACACUGGCCGGUGAGUGUAGUUAUUGCCUACAAUAUGGUUGAGGACUUUCAGAGUUGUGGUUUGAAAGACUAUAGUCAUGGCUUUCAGUAGAAUUCAAAUCAACUGUUGAUUUAUUGUAGGCACUAGGUAUAAAUGCAGGACAAUAUGUAGUCAAUCGUACAACAUUUUAUAUAUUUAUUCUCUAUCCCAAAAUAUGACAAAUACUCAGAUUACCCAUUUAAAGGGGUUUUGAUGCUCUAUUUCCCUCAAGAUGUUUUUACACAUUCCUUAACCAUUUUAGCUAAAAGGACAUACAGGGCAACAUUUGUGAAGGAGAGCACAGACAUGUAAAAAAAUACUAGGGCACAUUGUUGAAAAUAAGUUUCAAAUUAAAUCACUGCCAGAUUGAGGUUUGCAUUUUUACUGGACUUUUUAUGAUCAUCACAAUGUCUCGUUAACUUUUGUAAUUCUAUGGCGCUAUAAAUCCUGCUGUGAUUUAG